AUGAAUAUCAGGGAAGAAUUCAUUUCAUUUCUUUUUUGUAAGUGGGGACUAAGUGAUGCUCAACUUGCCAAGCUACUUUUAGAGGCUCUAAAGGAACUGACUUUAUCAAUAGAUGAUUGUAGGGGGCAAGGUUAUGAUGGGGCUGGUUCAGUUGCUGGUUGCACUAAUGGUCUAGCAGCUCAAAUUUUAAAGCUUGACCCAAAGGCUCUUUAUACACACUGCUAUAGUCAUAGGUUAAACUUAUCCAUUUGCGAUUCUUUGAGUAUACGUAUUGUCAAUGAUAUGUUGAAACAUGUUAACAAUGCUACUAAUUUUAUUAAAAUUUCCCAAACUUGCAAUAUUCUCUUUGAAAAACAUAUACGUAAUUCAGAAACAAACUCGAAAAAGACUAGAUUAACAGACGUUUGCAAAACUAGAUGCGUAGAACGUAUCGAAGGUUUAGAUACAUUCCAAGAGCUUUUUGUACCUGUAUACACCACCCUUAACGAUAUGUCUGAAAAUCUAGAUGGUGAGUUCAAACCGUCGCUUCAGUCUGAUGCCUCAUCUUUGUUUCAACUUAUUGACAGGUUUGAUUUCGUCGUUGCUUUAGUUAUCACGAGAAAUAUUCUUGAUUCAACUCUUCCAGUAACACAGUUAUUACAGGGUAAGAGUAUCGAUAUAAUGGAUGGUAUUCAUUUAAUUUCAACUUUGAAAACUGAGGUGGUGAACAUGAGGAAUUCCUCUGAUUUUUAUCAUGACACCUGGUAUGACGAAGCGCUUGAACUGGCAGCAAAAGUUGGCAUUGAAGAAUGGAAACCAAGAACAGUGCGCAAACAAACGACCAGGGAAAAUAUUCCCCACACAACCAUUUCUGAGUAUUAUAAACGUGCAAUUACUCUUCCUCUACUAGAUCAUUUGCAAUCUUCUUUAGAAUCACGAUUCGACCUUGAGAGUGUGAAUGUCUAUAAAGGCCUUAGCAUUGUACCGACGAAAAUGAUGUCCAUGACAAGAGAUGGGGUGGAUUGGAAAGAGCCAUUCAAAACUGUGGCUAACUUUUAUUAUGAUGAUUUGCCAAAUCCUUUGGCCUUAGAUGCUGAACUUAGGUUGUGGAACGCUCCCCAUUACCUCUUGUGA